AUGUCUUUCUUGGGUAAAAAAUACAUAUUAGAUAGAGAAGAAAACUUCGAUGGGUUCCUUAAGUUUAUCAUCGAACGACCUCUCUCUUCGCCUUUCGACGAAACCAUCGAUGGUGGAUUGACGAUAAAAACCACGUACACAGUUGAUGGCAACACCGUAACUCAUGUUAUAGAGAAUCCCAAUGGCAGCACAUUCAAAAGGGAAUACGGUGACACCGAACUAAAAGUA